CAGGGGACGGGGAUAGGGGACAGGGGGCAGGCCGCCGCCUCCUCCUCAUGGCCCGGCGGGAGCCGCCGGGGCCGCGGUGAGGGCCUGCGGCCGCGGGGCCGCUGUGGGGAAGAGAAACUCCGGCGGGGGGGAAGCCGGGCGGUCUGAGGAGGAAGAGGAGGAGGGAGGAAGAAGAGAAGGAGGAAGAGGAGGAGGAGGGCUGCCGGUGCUGGGUUUCUGUCUGGUCGGCGGAAGGUUCUUCCUGGCGGGGCAGCCGGGGCAGGGACUGCCGCUCCUCCGAGGGAUGCGAUCCGCAGGAGAAGCAGGAAAUUAGAGAAAAUACCUUUUAUCUUGCUUAUCCAGACUUGCUUCACAACUCAGUCCUUAAUAACAACUUCUUGGGAUCUCCAGUCAGGAAUGAAGUGGAAGUCACCUGAACUCACUUGUGCACUACUGAGACGCAAUGACAUUCAUGUUUGCGGUGAAUGGAAAUCAUGGCAGCGUCUAACAUGGGAGGGAAAGACAUGAGUGGACAAUGUGGCGUGACUCGUUCAGACUGCAAAUCUUCUGCCUGCUUAUGGCAGUACUGGCUGUGGUGGUGCUGGUCCAUAACUUUCUUCAGUUAGAGCACCUGGAUGACGACACAGUUUCAGGAUCAAAUUGGAUAACAGAAAACAAUGACCAGCCUUCUCUAUCACAGACAACUAAAAUUACCAGGAAGCCUUAUUGUGGUUAUGAGCAGCAGACUUUGUCCAAAAGAGAACAAGUGGAACAGGAAUCAUUGCUUGCUGCAAUACAAUGGCCAAAACCCCCCGAUGACAAAAUUGCUUUUUUACAAAGCACUGAUCCAGUACAUAGCGAUUUUGUGAUUGUGAAGCCUAGGGGGUUCUUCAAGGUGGGUGAUCAGCUAGAGGUGCUUGUUCGCAUGAAGGAUUUCCAAGGAAAACCCAAGCAAUAUGGUGGAGACUAUCUACAGGCACGAAUCCACUCUCCUCUGCUGAAAGCUGGAGCGACAGGAAGGAUUGUAGAUUGCCAUAAUGGCCUUUACAAAGUCUUUUUUACUUUGCUUUGGCCAGGAGAGGUCAAAGUAUCUGUGACACUUGUCCAUCCAAGUGAAGCGAUCCAAGUACUCCUGCGUUUAAGAGAAGAAAGGCCUGACAGGGUCUAUUUCAAAAGCUCAUUCAAGUCUGGGAGGUAUUCAGAAACUACUGAGUGUAACGUAUGCUUGCCUGGAGAUCUUCCAGUCUGUAACUUCACAGAUCUAUACACGGGUGAGCCAUGGUUCUGUUACAAGCCACGAAAACUCUCUUGUGCCAGCCGAAUCAGCCAUGCCAAGGGUGGAUAUCAAAAAGGUCUUCUGACACACGAGGAAAGCCUUUUUUUCCAAAGUGAUGUGAAUAUCAAAAGGCCGAUACUCUCCAGUGGACCUGAUGCAGUGAUUGUGAAGCCCAGGGCGUUUACAGAUUCAAGCAGUAUGGACGGAGCUGAAGAUCCCACAGUUUCCCCUUCUGGUUAUUACUAUGAAGAUCACUGGAGGCCAAGAACACACUGGAUCCAUCAUUUUAACAAGUCAGAUGAUAUAAGCAAGUGCUUACAAGGGAAAGUAAUCCACUUGUUUGGAGACUCUACAAUAAGGCAGUGGUUUGAAUAUCUGACAUCAGUUGUUCCAGAUCUAGUGGAAUUUAAUCUGGGGAGCCCUAAGAACGUGGGCCCUUUUAUGUCCGUGGACCUGAAGCACAAUAUCCUACUGAAAUUCCGCUGUCACGGGCCACCCAUUCGCUUUACAACUGUCUUUAGCAGUGAACUGCGCUACAUUGCCAACGAGCUGAAUGGCAUCGUAGGUGGGAGAAACACUGUGAUAGCCAUAACUAUAUGGUCCCACUUCAGCACUUUCCCUGUGGAAGUGUACAUUCGGCGGCUGAGGAACAUUCGGAGGUCAGUCAUUCAACUUCUGGAUCGCAGCCCCAAGACUUUAAUCAUCAUCAGAACCGCAAAUGUUCAGGAGCUCGGGCCAGAAGUAAGCCUCUUUAACAGUGACUGGUAUUCCCUUCAGCUUGAUUCUGUCAUGAGGAAAAUGUUCUCAGGAAUUGCUGUGCACUUUGUGGAUGCUUGGGAGAUGUCUCUGGCUCAUUACUUGCCACAUAACUUGCACCCAAAAGAAGUAAUUGUUAGGAAUCAAAUAGAUGCAUUUCUAUCUUAUGUGUGCCCUCUGCAAACUUAGCACAAGUAGGUAUCCUAUGUCACGUUUUGCAGCGGCUGAAGUAAAGCUGGUCUUUGUCAGAGCUAUCGAGUUUUUGCUGGAUGGUGUGGAAGAGCUCUGGUUACUGUAUUUGCGUGCGGUAAGAGUGGCUGGCCGUAACUCUGGUAGCUCUGAAGGAUGGUAGAGAAGAGCUGAGUGUUCAGGCCGUAUCUUCCUGUAAGGCUGAUUCUCUUCAGCCUUACCCUUUCUAUCUCAGAUUAUUACAGAGCACCUUAAAUUAAAUUGACAAGAUUUGAUAGGGAACUGUGUGGGUUAUUAGCUUUACUAGUUGUCUGCACUGUAUGCUUAAUCCGUACAGCACGGAAUCUGUUGCAUGGGCCUCGCUGCCCAGAACUGCCUGGAACCUGGGGAAUUAGAUUUUGGGAUCGGUCUUUCCCUGUGUUCCACAGUUUUGAGGGGCAUCCCCUGCAGUCCUCUGUCAGCCAGAGAAGCACAAUGUCUGUUCUCAUUUUGAAGUCCUAAUUAGAAAUACGAAGGGGGUGUCCUAAAGCCACUAAUAUCAGUCAAGGAAGCACAAUCAAAAUGUCUGUAGUAUUAAGCCAUUAAUAAUGGGCUGAAAUUCAAUAGAGCACACUAGUUAGGCACCCUUGGUGUUUACAGAUAGCUGCUAAAUAAUGCAAGUAGACAAUAUUUUGGUUUGGUUUCCUGUACUACUGAAUCUCUUCUGAGCUUUGAUACACUGUCUACUUCUUGAUUUAUCCGUGACAGAGAAAUGUGUGUGUUAUGAUCUCAGUGAAGACACUGUCUCAGGCAAUUUCUGCAAGUUAUGUUAAAAUUGCAGGCUUGCCUACUUGAAGCUUGAGACAUUUCCUAAUGAAAAUGAUUCCCUUCCCUGUUAGAUAAACAUAUUCCAUUAUGCUCCUGCAAAGCUGAGCUUCUGUUACGUGCUUUUGUACAUACAGAUGUCCAUUGCGCUUGUAUGGAAAAGCCAAGUUACUUGAAUGCACUUGAUGAUGUUUUGCAAAUGGGUGACAGUGUAAGCCUGGCACACACUAGUAUCAUGGCCGAGCGAUGACGUCCUCCUUUCCUUCUUCUGUUUGACCAUUUUAUCACUUCAUCAGCUUCACUGCUGCCAGUA